CAAACUGUCGGGUGACUUCAGUAUGUUCAUAGUGACUGUGCAGAAAUAACCUGGAGGAUAAACAUGCUUUUUUUGACCAUUAACUUUGGUAGAAGUUUAAUCUUUGAGCCCGGCGGAACACAGAGACGCUACUUCCUGCAGUGUGUGUUGUCAAAGUGGGGGCUGGCUUAGCCGCAGUGCAGUGAUCGCUGGCUCUGUCUGCUGCACGCCAGGUAUCUGAUCCCGGACCUGAUCGAACAUGGAGAUUUCAUUCCCAGGCAAACGAGCCCUGGUCACCGGAGCAGGAAAAGGGAUUGGAAGGGCCACGGCUCUGGCUCUGGCACACUGCGGGGCAAAGGUCAUUGCGGUCACGCGCACGCAGGCUGACCUGAACAGUCUGGUACAGGAGUGUGCUUCCAUCACCCCAGUGUGUGUAGACCUGGCAGACUGGGGGGCCACGGAAGUGGCCCUGCGGGACAUCGGCCCCAUCGAUCUGCUGGUGAAUAACGCCGCCUGUGCCAACCUGCAGCCAUUUUUUGAGGUCACUCCUGACCAGUUUGACCAGUCAUUCAAUGUGAAUGUGAAAGCUGUGCUGCAUGUCUCCCAGAUAGUGGCUCGUGGUAUGAAGGCCAGAGGUUCAGGAGGCUCCAUUGUCAACGUGUCCAGCCAGGCCUCACAGUGUGCCCUGAGAGACCACACUGUCUACUGUGCCACCAAAGGAGCCCUGGACAUGCUAACUAAAGUGAUGGCUCUGGAGCUGGGACCCCACCAGAUUCGGGUGAACAGUGUGAACCCCACCGUGGUGAUGACAGAGAUGGGGCGCCUGGGCUGGAGCAAUCCUGAAAAAGCCAAGGCCAUGACAUCCCGCAUCCCCCUAGGCCAUUUUGCAGAGGUGGAGGACGUGGUGAACAGUAUUUUAUUUCUACUGAGUGAUAAGAGCAGCAUGACUAAUGGAGUCACUCUGCCGGUGGAUGGAGGCUUCCUGGCCUGCUGACCAACAUGACUUUUGUCUCAACACACUGGCCAUCUGCUCAGAGGAGAAAGAACAAAUACUUCCUGUCUUAUCGCCUCACUGCGUUUUAGAAAUAGAGGUCAAUUUUAUUCAGUAAUUAAACUCAAUCAACCUCUAACUUUC